CAGCAGCAAGCCUGUCCAGGUGGCAGGGACACUUGGAACUGGCAGGGCUGAAACAUCAUUAUCCUCUCUGCAGAAGGAAGGGUCGUCUGCUAUGUCAGGUGUGGUGUUCCCCGGACAGGCCCCUGUGGAUUUGGACAUAUACCAAAGCUCCUACAUGAUCGACUACAAACCUUAUGGGAAGCACAAAUAUGCCAGGGUCACAUCAGAAGAGCAAGCAAAGCUGGACACCCAACUCCGGGACAAAGAGUUCUACAGACCCACCCCCAGCCCCAACCCCAAGCUAGAAGAUGGAUACCCUGCCUUCAAAAGACCCCACAUGACCGCCAAGGACCUGGGGCAACCUGGCUUCUUCCCACCACAGGACCAUGUGGCCCCAGUGGAGGAUAAAUGGAGGUUCACCAGCAACUGUCCAUCCGUGUACCCAGCUUCCCAUGCUCUGUACCUGGCCCAUGGCGACCCGAACCGGAUUCGACAGAGUGCUGACUUCCCCUGUCUUCUAGAGCCUGAGCGCCAGCCUGCCCCAGACGUGGGCAAAGGCUACUUUCUACUGCCCGGCUGUGCCUGUCCUUAUCACUGUACAGACAAGGUUCCCAUAUUGAACCGAUGGGGCCCCUUGAUGCCAUUUUACCAGUAGGUAGGCUGAGAACACCUUCCAAGGGCCCUGUGGAAAUUCCUCCCUCUCACAAGGAAAUCCCUUGAUGUAUGGAUCAGAGAACUAAAAAUAAAACUCUGGAAAGACAAUCCAGUGGCACUAAGA